AUGGUAUCCUGUUCGGUUUCGGUGGAAGCAGAGUUCAACGAAUGGUAUUUGGGGAAAUUUUCGUCCUAUUCGGACCUCAUUCGCCGAACUGCGUAUUGGUUGCGGUUAAUGGAGCUACUUAGAACAGACGUGCAGAACCGUGUUGCAUCAAGAAGUCCUUUGUCUACCAGAGAGCUGGCCGCGGCAGAGCUGACCCUAGUUCGGCGAGUGCAGAGAGAAACCUUUGGAGGAGAGUGGAAAGCACUUGCUAAGGGAGAAGAAGUGUCUAGGCGAUCCCCACUUCGCUGGUACCACCCGUACAUCUCGGAUGACAAUGUGAUUCGUGUCGGCGGCCGCCUUGGGCAUUCAACGGAGACCCAUGAUGUAAAACAUCCGCUGGUCCUACCAGCACGUCAUCAAUUCACUCGGAUGGUUCUUCAGCAUUUUCAUUUGAAACUUCUGCAUGCGGGUCCUCAGCUAUUACUCGGUGCGGUUAGACUCCGGUUUUGGCCUUUGGGUGGUCGAAAUCUGGCACGUUAUAUUGUGCAUCAAUGCAUGAAGUGUUUCCGGUGUAAACCUCCACCAAUUCAGCAGUUCAUGGGAGAGCUGCCAGCACCACGAGUCACAGUAUCACGGCCAUUCUCGCAAACAGGGGUUGACUUUUUUGGCCCGCUUUACAUCAGACCAGCACCUCGUAAACCAGUUGUUAAGGUGUAUGCGGCAAUUUUCGUUUGUCUCUGCACCAAGGCAGUGCAUCUAGAGCUGGUGACAGAUCUAACGACAGAACGCUUUCUACAAGCCCUUCGUCGGUUCAUUGCCAGAAGAGGGAAAUGUCAGGAUAUUUAUUCUGAUAAUGGAACAAAUUUCGUUGGUGCUAGAAACAAAAUGGUGGACUUGCUACGGUUACUGAAGUGCUCUGAUCAUCGCGAGAAGGUUGCUAAAGAAUGCAAUGAAGAAGGGAUUGAAUGGCAUUUCAACCCACCAUCCUCGCCCCACUUUGGAGGACUUUGGGAGGCGGCUGUUCGCUCAGCUAAAAACCAUUUGCUCAAGGUCAUGGGUGAAUCAUCUCCAUCGGUUGAGGAUUUGAGUACACUUCUGGUGCAGGUGGAAGGCUGUCUCAACUCACGGCCUCUUACCCAAAUGUCAGACGACCCUGAUGAUUUAGAGCCCUUGACACCAGCUCACUUUCUGAUUGGAGCUUCUCUGCAUGCGCUACCGGAACAAAACCUGGAAUCAGUUCCUGUAAACCGGCUGGAUCGUUAUCAGCUAAUCCAAAAAAAAAUGCAGGAAUUCUGGAAGCGUUGGCAUAGGGAGUACUUGUGUCAACUCCAAGGGAGGACUAAACGUUGGAAGCGUCCGGUUAAUAUUGAAAAGGGGAAGUUGGUUGUUAUACGUGACGGAAACAUCCCUCCGAUGAAGUGGAAAACGGGAAGAAUUACAGAAAUACAUCCAGGAGCUGAUGGAGUGGUUCGCGUGGUAACGUUGAAAACAAAAAGUGGAUUUUUGAAGCGGGCCGUAGAGAAUUUAUGUUUUUUGCCAACUCAGGAACUAUCGGAUAAUGAGCAAGCAAUUUCCACAGAAAAGCAGUAA